GAAUUGUUUCCAGCAACAGCAUGCUCCUCGCCGUUUCAGCCUUAAACGGCGCCUCUACUCCCUCCAGCAAGGCUCGCUGGAUGUCACUACUUUUUUCAACAGGCUUUGUGCUCUGUGGGAAGAACGUAAAUCUCUUCAUUCUUCACCUUAUUGUUUCUGCUCAAUCCUCUAAGUCGUCUGAUGUGGUUGCUACUAUUUCUGGAAAUCAGUUCAGGCCUAAGCAAAAGCCUCUCUGUACUCACUGCGGUAUGUAUGGUCAUACUGUCAAUAAGUGUUACAAAUUACAUGGCUAUCCUCCUGGAUAUCGCCGCAAUCAGAGAAUUUCAGACACCAAGACGAUCUCUGUUAGCCCGAGGCCUCCUCCCAGCAAGAGCAUUGUUGCUGCUGUUCGAACCGACUCAGGUCUGCAUAAUUCUAACAAUUCAUUUUCUGAAAAUGAUUUGUUCUCUCCUCAGCAGUUACAAAAACUAUACCAUAUGCUUGGAGAACGUUUGAACAUGAAUUCAGCUCCCUCAGUCUCGGCAUCUGGUGCUCCUGAUAAGUCUGGAUCAUACUCGAAGUUACAUGAUUGGGAAGGCUAGUCUUCAUCACAAUCUAUACCUCUUGGAUACUAGCUUCAAGCCUUUUUCAAUUUCAGAUACUUCACAUCAUGUUUCUUCUGUUUCUUUUUCUUGUAAUGCCAUUGUUGUAGAUGCUCAUCUUUGGCAUCAACGCCUUGGACAUCCUUCUAAUAUGAAAAUUAAGAUGUUAUCCCCUA